AUGAAAUGCUUCUGCCACAUCAAACGAAUGGCUCUCAGAGCAUUCUUCAAUUGGGGAGUUGCCCGACUGAUAAUGACGCUGAUCUGCAUGGCGUUCCCGGAAUGGCGAAUCUCUAGUAUCGCAUGUGCUCUCACUGCCCUGCCAGCCCUUCUGAUAUUGAUCUUCAUAUUCCCAGAAAGUCCUACAUGGUUACAUAAUAAGGGACGAUUGGAUGAAAUGCGUACAGCUGAGCGCUAUAUUGCCAAAUUCGCUAAUGUGGAGUAUAAACCUGUGGUUCACAAGAAGAGAGAACAUAAUAAGACGCUAUGCGAAAUGCUGCAAACGAAAAGUCUCCAUCGUCGCCUGUUCGUUUUGUGGACGAUGUGGUUUGUGGCCUCCAUCUGUGGCUAUGCAACCGAUCUGAACUCAAACACGAUCAGCGGCGACUUCUUCUUCAACCAGAUCAUUUACUCGAUACUUAUCGCAGUCUCCAAGAUGGUUCUCGUAGCUGUCGACACGUUCAUUCCGUCGUUCAGUCGACGGACACUUCAUCAGGGUGCUCAGUUUGUCGUCUGCCUUUGCUUCCUCACACUCUUUUUCCUCACUAUGCAAGGCUACUCGGGUGUUGCGACUCUUAUAAUAAACGUCACCGGAACAAUCUUCAUCGAAUACACUUGGGAUGCAUGUUAUCUCUGCGCUGUGGAAUCUAUGGAGACGUCCUGUCGUGCUAGCGCUACUGGCACCUGCUCACUGAUGGCUCGUGUGGGCGCCAUAAUCGCUCCAGUGCUGACUUACGCCAACGUGUACUGGCCUCCAGCUCUCUAUUUGGCUGUGGUUAUCGCAGGAUUUGUGAAUCUCAUCAUUUCCUAUUUCUUCCUGAUCGAAACAAAGAACGUGAAUCUUGACAGUGUCACUUUACACACGGAUCCAUCGACCGACGAAUCGCUUAUGCUCGAUAAUGACACCUCAAGGAACGAGAAGCCUUAG